AAGAGAGCACCCAGUGUGGCAGUGUGUGUGUGUGAGAGGGAGAGAGAGGGGGGAGAGAAACGGGGUUAAACAUGGAUACGAGAUUAGAUUUGAGUUGUAAACUCGUCCCGGUCCUGAACUGAAGACCCGCAGGCUCCUAUCAGCCCACCGACAGGGAUUAUUAUGCCCAGCGCCAACGUGUCCGUGCGAAGUUUAUCUGAAGUAGAGAAAUACCUCGGCAGCCGGAUGGACAGGAGUACCGAGGGCAGUCCUCUUGGCAUUCCUGUGUCGAUGCGUCGGGGUUCUUCAGAGAACAACUUGGAUCUGGAUCUGAUCGAUGGAAGUCCCCGUCCUGCUUCGGGAUUUGAGGUCCAGCGUAGUCGUUCUUGCUUGGACAACCUCCAGCAGAAGAUACUAAAAGUCACGGAGCAGCUGAAGAUCGAGCAGACUGCGCGGGAUGAGAACGUCGCCGAGUACCUGAAGCUGGUGAACAGUGCAGACAAGCAGCAAGUGGGGCGCAUCAAGCAGGUGUUUGAGAAGAAGAACCAGAAGUCGGCUCAGAACAUCGCCCAGAUGCAAAAGAAGCUGGAGCAGUACCAUCGAAAGAUGAAAGACAAUGAGACCCACCACAGCCCAACACCUCAUCCAUUCGCUGCCAAACACAGCACCAUACCCAGGGAGUCUCCCAGACAGCUGCUGAGGGAUAUGACCGGCAGCGGCCGACACCCAACCAUGGACAAGAUCAAGACCAUCGGACCGGGUGUCUCCCUCUCCCCUCCGUUCUUCUUCAGCAAGCCCCGAGAGUUCGCCAAUCUCAUCAGGAACAAAUUUGGCAGCGCUGACAACAUCGCCCACCUCAAGACCACUCUGGAUGCUUCCUCACCGCUGCCCACUGACAGUGCAGGAAAGGGGCUGAGUAGCAGCACUUCUUUGGUGGGCAAGCCCAAGUAUCCCAGCGAUGACGAGUGCUCCUCGGGGAGUGCUUCCAUCUCAGCAGACAGUAACGGGAACCCGGCGGGGGCAGGGGGGUCAGCGGUGCAGAGUCAGGGUCAGGGCCAGCAGGCCGAGGGUGAAGGCCAGAGCAGACUGGCCCUGAGCCUGGAGGAGGUGAGCGAGAUCAAAGAUGCUCAGAAUCAGCUGGAGGAGGAUCUAGAGGAGCUGAAGACUCAGUUCAAGAGAGAGUAUGACAUCAUCAGCCAAACACUGCAGGAGGAGAGAUACAGGUACGAGCGUUUGGAAGACCAGCUGAACGACCUGACAGAGCUUCACCAAAAUGAGAUGACUAAUCUGAAGCAGGAGCUGGCCAGCAUCGAGGAGAGGGUGGCCUACCAGGCUCAGGAGAGGGCCAGGGACAUACAGGAAGCUCUGGAGUCGUGUCAGACACGAGUGUCCAAGCUGGAGCUGCAGCAGCAGCAGCAGCAGCAGACGGUCCAGCUCGAGAGCCAUGACGCCCGAGUCUUGCUGGGGAAGAGCAUCAACAUUAUGCUGGCCAUCAUCACCGUCAUCCUGGUGUGCGUCUCCACUGCUGCCAAGUUUGCCGCUCCGCUGAUGAGGAGCCGGCACCACGUGGUCGCUACCUUCCUGGGAGUUUGUUUUUUGACCAUAUUCUGGAAGAACUGGGACCGUUUACAGUGCGCCAUAGACAGGCUGCUGGUGCCCGCCUGAUAGUGGAGAGAGCGCGCUCUAAACAACACUGCAGCAACGUGGAUGCUGUCAGUUGUCAGGAAAAGGACUGUCUCAGAGGAUUGGUUGUACAAUCGUCAGAAGACACGAUGGCCUUGAGUUCACGGGAGGUUUUUAAAGUCAGACUGAAAUGUGAUUUAUUUUUUUCUCGUCUAGAACUUGAAUGUGUGUUGCUAACAACUUUCGUUUAGCCUUUUAAGAAUAAUAUUUAUGUAACAGUAAAUUGUUUUACCUUCCCUGAGCAUUGCUAUGAAAUCAGUUCAAGGAUUAAGAAAGGGUGAAGAGAAGUGCAUUAAUAUCACUACAACUCGCUCUUGUCUUUCCCUCAAGUUUUCAGGGGAAACGAUCAAUCGUUGAGGUGAAAAUUGAGCAAAUGAUUACUUAAACGUUUCUCAAACUGUUGCAAGCAUGCACAUACACACACACACACGAACAAAACCUCAAGCUUGGCAUCUUUUUGGCUAUGAAAUGCUAAAGGUGGCUGGUAGGCGGAUUUUGUUACCUUUGCACAGAGACAGGCCAGCUGUUUCUCUCUGAUUUUAGGUUUUAUGCUAUAUUAAGCUCACUGACUACUGGCUGUAGCUUCAUAUUUAGCAUAUAGAAAUGAGAGUUGUGUCAAUCGUCUAAUCUAACUCUCAGAAAAAAAAGCAUGUUCUUUCCCAAAAUGUUGAAAUCUAUCUUUUAAUGAAGAAUCUACCAGACUACAGCAGAGGCACUAGGCAUCUUGUUUUCUUUAUGUAUUUCUUUAUUCCUUAUUGCCUUGUCUGCCCCAUGUGGUCUUAAAAGUUUUUCUGUUUACUCUUCCUGAUGUCUAAGUGCAAUAUAUUUGAUUUCCGAGCGCUGUUUUUUAAAACGUGGUCUUCAAGGAGUGAAUGUUUUACGUCAGUGUUUUACAGUGACGAGGGUUUGGGCUCGGCAGAGGAAGUGUCAUUAACGCUGGCAUGGGAGAUCCAUAACCACUGAAGCCACUGCUGGGCUCUGAUAAGACCAGCUGUCUCCUCUCUCAAGGGCCAAAAAUCAAUCCAGCUGCAUUACCGCGCUGAUAGCGUGGUAAUAUCAACACACGCCAGCCCUCUGGCACACACACCCAAACAACACAGGAACAGUCACUUUGCGCUCUAUGUCUUAUGUGUCUGAUGUCUGUCUUUUACUACUAAUGUGAUGGAGAAGUGAUGGGUUAUACUGUGAUAUGAGGUUUUUUCUGAGGAAAAAUGCAAUCCCCCCCCCCCCCCUUUUUUUUAAGAAGCAACAAACAGCCUUCAGUGCUCCUGGAAGCACCUUACAGGCUCCAAGUCAUGAACUAUGAGCCUAUUUUGUUUUACUUUCUUUCUGUUUUUUUGACUUACUAAUGUAUUAUAUCAUGUUUGUCUCACGAACAUUGCCUACGAGGAUCUAACAUGAAGCUACGGACCACUUUUUAAUGUUUUGUCUGCCAUAAUUAACACGUUUGUGUUGUUUGUCUGUCAUUCUACUGACUGUUUUUUUUUUUUUUUUGAGGGCGUUUCAUCUGCAGAACUACAAGUCUGGUUUACAUUCUCUGUCAUGGUGCACUAUGUAAUCAAUCAGUUGUAUUUCCAUGCAUUACGUGCCUUUGUCUGACAAUUUUUCUGUUAAAUUAAACAAGUCUUUUUAAUCAA